AUAUGGCGUAAAAAUCAAUACUGCGCGCGUCGCAAUGUUCGUGGCUGUUUCGUGGUGAAUGCCGUACGUACGUGAUCGCGCUCGUAUACGUUUUAGCUGAGAAAUUUAACGCGCAACAAACAUCAUCGAAAUUCUUUUGUAAGUCCGAUACGCCAUCUCGGUGAUGAAAUUUUUCGUGAUUCCCGAGCGUUAUGCGGGCGAAAGAUAUUUAUCAAGAAUACAAGUGUAAUUAGUGUACACUUUUACGCAUCAAGAUAGAAGACGGAUACCGUGCGGACAAGUAUGAGAAGAUGAUGGACGGGCCAGGAUUAGGAUAUUCGUAUCAUCUUCCGUCCGCUGGAUGGAAUCUCAAAAUCAGAAACGUACUGUCGCAAUUCAGCGAUCUUUUCAGCGAAUUUAACAAGUACAUCGCGCCAGCUUAUCAUCAUGAUCGUUGCGAGAGAUCCGUGCAAAUGCGCUUGUAUUCGAUGCACAAGAGAGAGUUUGUCAUGGUAUUCGUUGCCUUCUUCGCGUGUUUUGGAUUGGCCGUGUUCAUCGGUCUUGCCGGACCGCCCAUAACAUCAACCACCGAACAAAAAGCGCAUUUGAAUGGCAGCGAGAUGGCUACCGGUCCAUUCAUCAUGAAAACACCUCUGUUGUCCACCUACAGCCAGCAAUUAUGGGUGAUCGCCAAACUGUCAACGUCGAAUACUGACGAUGAAAGAUACGACAAGGGAUUCCAAGUUAGUGUUUCCAUAGAUGGUGUCACUGCUGAUCGAAAACUGGUAUCUGUAUUAUCUCCAGAAGCCGGACAUAAUCGAACCAGACACUUAAAAUGCGAAAGCCAAUCAUGCGAGGAACUGGUCGUCGCCCAUCUGGGAUUUCUCGAUUAUAGCUACUACAUAAUCACUGUCCGCUUCCAUGGACUCGAGAGCUUCCAUCAGCGAUAUACAAUACGAGAACUCACAUUCUACUUUAAGAACUACAAUCCGGCGUUCACGCAGAUCGAGAUCUGGUUCCGGCUGAUAUUUUUGCUCACCACGUUCGGAGUAAUGUGCUGGUUCGGCCAUUCGCUUAGAAAGUAUCCGCUGCACGACUGGUCGAUAGAGCAAAAGUGGAUCUCAAUACUUCUUCCAUUAUUGAUUCUGUACAAUAAUCCGCUGUUUCCUAUGACUUUCCUGGUGAAUUCUUGGGUACCCGGCAUGCUGGACGCGAUCUUGCAAACUACUUUUUUGUGCGCCAUUCUCAUGUUCUGGCUUUGCGUCUAUCACGGCCUCAGACAGAACGAGAGACGGCUUCUCACGUUUUACCUGCCCAAGCUCUUGGUGGUGGGUAUGCUGUGGGGCGCGGCACUGACUCUCGCCACGUGGCUUCGUUGCACCGAGUUGGAGGAUCCCACGUACAAUUACGUUCUCGAUACGUCGAAUUAUUAUGGCUUCAAGGUGUUCUUCUUCACGGUGGGUGGCCUCUACAUCGCGUAUCUUCUGCUGCUUAUAUUGAGAGCGUACAGCGAACUGCGGUCUAUGCCAUAUUUUGAUCUUCGUUUGCGGUUUUUGACGUUACUCGCCGCGGUGGUUGCCGGUGUUUGCAGUCUGGUCACCGCCCGUCAAUUCGGCGCCGGUGUGUUAGAGGACAGUUUCGCGUCCCGACUCUCCACUUAUUACCGCACGUCCGCGCAAUUCAUGGCUCUUUACGGACUCCUCAAUUUCUAUUUGUACACCAUGGCGUACGUUUAUGCGCCUGCGUUGCAACAGGUUUACGGACAACACUCGUCGAUAACGAAAGACAAUCCCUCGUUCUCGAUGUUCAACGAUUCGGAGGAAGAGGUGAUAUAUGGAUCGGAUGAGGACAGUCGGCGACCAUUGACUCGCGCUCCGCGAAAUGCGGAGGACAGCGACUAAGGGCCUUAAAACGAAGACUUGUCGUAUAAUAUUCUGUGUUAAUUAAUCGGAGAAUAGAUUCGUCAAACGAAGAAAUCAACAAUGAAAAACGAUUUUGAUUUGCUCAUCAGUCAUGUUUGCGCUCCUGAGUAAUUGCAGUUAUACUGCCGUAUAAUAAAAAAAAAAAAAUUACAAAAAAGGGGCAAACUAAAAUCACACAAAGUUUGUUGAAAAAUAAAAUGUUGAUUAUAAAUGAGAAUUCUGUCAGGUGUAAUUAAAAAAAAAAAAAAAAAAAAAAAAACUGCAUAUAACACACGUAGGUUGCUCUGAAAGUUUUCGCAAAAUGGCAUUAGGCGUCGUGUCACAUCAAAAUUGAUAGGUGUUAUUUAAUUUCACAUGUUUAAAUAGAACUUUUGACAUAUCAAAACAUUCAUUCAGUCGUGAGACGUGUUCAAAGACGCUCUUGAUGCUUCCGAAAAAACAAUUGAAUUUAUUAUGAGAAAAUUUUCGUGCAAUGGUUUUUUACGACUUUAAGAAGUCGCUACAGAAUAAUAGACAAGAUGCUUCAACGAUUUCAUCGCGAAUAAAAUAGUACGUUUAUAAUACCCUUCUUGGCCAAAUGGCUGAAGUAUAAAAUAAAUUUAAAAAAAUAGUACGUUUAUAAUAAAAAAAAAAAAAGAAUUUUUUUAAACAAUAAAUUAAUUUCAAAAAUUCAUUAAAUGUUUUUAUACGAGUGAGAAAUUUUAUUAUGAGGAAACUUUCGGAGCAACCUACAUAUAAUAUACAUAAAGUUGUACAUAAAAUAUAAAUAUACACAUAAUGAUGUGAAUUUGUGUAUUGCAUGUAGAAAUAAUUGAUGAAAAGUAUUGAUGAAAAGAGAACAAUGAAAAAUGACAAAAAUAGGAACAAAAAAAAAAU